AUGAUACAGUCAGACACGGGGGCAGAUCUGCCAGCCGAGGAAGACAGGAAGCUUGCCACCUGGUCUCGGCCUCCCUCUUCUCUAGGCUUCUCCAGGAUCCUGAGGCUCCUGCUGGGAGAACUGAGUCUGUUCCUCAGCCGCGACAUGAGUGGAGUGAGUCUCCCGUACGACCUGCUGCACUCCCCAUAUGGGCAGCUGCUGUGUUGCCCUUGUAAGCCUGAACACUGGAAGAGUUCCUUCCUCCUUGCAUUUAAAGAUGUGCACCAUCCUGAAGACCAGCGAUGCUGUGCUCCCCAGCUUCCCUCUGGGAGCCUUUGUCCAGAUCAUCAGCGGGCACUACCAAUCGCAGUUCUCCCAUCCUUGCUCUGCUGCAGGUUUAUGGCUGCCUCCAGGAGUUUAAAGAAAAGAAGCCAGUUCCUAUCGCAGCAGUUAUCCUGGGAGGUAGUGGAGCUGUUAUGUGAAAGCCCUAAUUCCCCUGAGAUCCAAGAGCUGAGGCAAAUCCUCCAGGCUCCACACUACAAGGCCUUGCUCGGAGCUCAUGAGGUGGCACAGGAAGACUUUGAGCCCCUCCUCCCACCACUUCCCCACAGUCUCCCGAAGAAUGAGGAAGCAAUGAGGAUUGUUUCUUUGGUUAAAACCAACAGCCCUUGGGUUGCUGUAUGCUGGAGACAAACUGUGGAAGUGAAUGGGGUUUCUGUUGAGGGGCUGGAGCCUGAGAAAGCAAUCCAUAUUCUGGCUAUGUCUCCCAGCACGAUCACAUUCAAAGUGGUUCCAGUUUCUGAUCCACCUGUGAGCAGACUGAUGCCGGUUCACGUGCGUGCCAUGACGGAUUACUGGUCCCAGGAGGAUCCCGAUCCCUGCCCAGAUGCUGGGUUGCCUUUCCAGAAGGGCGACGUCCUUCAGAUUGUGGACCAGAACGACGCCCUCUGGUGGCAGGCCCGCAGAGUCUCAGAUCCUGUGGCCUGUGCAGGGCUAAUCCCCUCUAAUCACCUGCUGAAGAGGAAGCAGCAGUUCUGUGGUCUCUGCGGUACCAGCCUCACAUCUGCCUCAGGCCAACCACAUGUGAGUAGUGGGGUCUCAGGUCCACGCAUGUGCAAUGUGCCGGGACUGACGCACGGCUGCACCCAGACCUCCUCAGGUUCUGUCGACUUCCAGGGCUCGCUCUGCCCCCGUUCAAUGGCCUGCAUGAGUCGAGUGUGGUUAUCAGAGGAUGGUUAUACACGGCCGGUCACCACCCGCUGGUGCUGUCCAAUUGCUGAGCAGUGGUCUCCCGAUGGCAGGGGCGGUGCUGAACUCAAGGCUGUGGUGAAGCUGAGGGAGGCCAUGGGGUACAGGGGUGCCCGUGGACUUGGGUCUGCUGUCUGGUGUGAGGCCUGGGUCGGUCAGCCUGGAACUCGGCCUCUCUGCCCUUCCGGCCAGGUCUCCACAGUCUUCAGCGCAGUGCCUGACACACUGCAGCCCACAGGAGUCACUCGGGUUACUGACCAGAAGCCUGUCCUCCGGGAGAAUGAGGGAAGAAGGCUUCUUCUUCAUCGGGUCAAAGCCAGCGGUCAGGGCAAAGCUGGCAGAAAGUCCAAUAAGAGGGAAAUAAAAGGGAGCAUGAAACAGCUGCUCCACCUUGAGAUCCUGUAUUUGUCAUAUGAGAUCCUCAUCCGGUCGUGUACAGAACUUAAUCAACAAAAUAUUCAAGUGGCUUGAACCCGUGAACUGAAGCCCUAUGUCAUAUUUAUAAAGCCAUCUAACAUGAGCUGUAUGAAACAAUCUCGGAAGAAUGCCACGGUCGGUACCACCUAUUUAGUGGACAUGAAGCUCAAGGAUGAAGACUUACAAAAGAUGGAAGAAUUAGCGCAAAAGAUGGAGAUUUGGUUUGGCCAGUUUUUUGAUCAUGUGAUUGUGAAUGACAAUUUGCAAGACACAUGUGCCCAAUUGCUGUCUGCCAUACGGAAGGCUCAGGAAGAACCUCAGUGGGUAUCAGCAACAUGGAUUUCCUCCGAUAUGGAGGCUGUCGGCCCUCUGGUAUAAAAUUGGACUGUUACCAUUGUACCCUUGCUACAGAGGUAAUAGCUGACAUCUAAAACAGCAAUAUUUGACCCUAAUUAAAAUGUGUGCAACUUGUAAAGCACUAGUUUACUAAAUCAUUAUUUGAAGAAACUGUAUGGUUAUAUAUGGUAUUGUAUGUAUCACACGGUUACAGGGCAAAAAAUUUUUCUUGUACCUUAUAUGAAGCAGUGGUAGGAAUAAGUGCAAUGUUAACUAAGUCAAUGAGAACCUUCCAUAGACUGCAUAUGGUCUUUGUAAGAGUCAGGGGAAAGGACCUUUCCUAAUAAGCAGUACUUAGUUUCAAAAUCUGUAUUUUACUUUGUGAAAUUUAUUUUCAUAUGUUUUUUUUUUUAACAAGAGCCUACUUAACCAACUCAGCAAGAAAGGUUAUUAUACACAUUUCACACCUAACAUCAAAAUGUACAGAUCGGCAGUCAUCACCUACAAAUAGGUUACAAGGAAAAAGUAUCCGUCCAAUCAGAGGUGUAACAUCAUUAGUUUUCCGCCGCCUGACUCGAAUUUUCCUAAAAGCCAACAUCCAUAUGCGUGCCUCGAUUAGGAAACAACAGGAACAGUCCUGGAGACCUAAGGAUGAGGGCCUCUGGCGCUGAGGCUCGGUCGCUCUCCAGCCAAGGGUCUGCUCGACGCCUCCGUGCCCUCUAACUUCCUCCAUAUUCACACCGUGCCUCCAUCCCGUCCCUCUUUCUAAACUGUAAAGCCGAGUACACGAUCCAAAAAUCUUUGUUCUUUUUCACCUAAAUUGAACAAAUUAAGGAAAAAGGUGAGCUGUUUUUAAUGACACUUCUGUGAGUUCAGAUCUGACUUUACGUCGUGACUGUGACCGUCACCGCUGCGGGAGAGGACGAGCAGCCCGAGGCCGCACGCGCAG